AUGUCAUUCACGGUUGUAACUGUUAAGAUAACAACUGAUGAUGUCCACAAGGACGAGUAUAUUUUUUACGGGGAGAAUCUCCCGACUCCGCUGACUGAGCAGGCGCUUCUGAAGUCAUUGAUUAGGAAUUCGCCUGAGAAGUACAGGGACUUUUUGGAGAAUUGCGAGCUUGAGAUCAAACGGAAAUCUAAGAAGUGUGAGCUUGAGAUCCAACGGAAAUCUAAGAAGAGUAAGCGCUAUGUUUCGUUGAAGACAGCUGAAGAUUUUGCCGCUCUUAACCGUAGUCUCCAGGUGAAGAAUUGUUUGAAGCUUGAUAUUGUUUGUGGCAAGCGGAAGGAGGAAGUGUCUAAAGAUGUUGGAGCGGCAGCUGAAUUUGCGGGUGCAGCUCCUUCGAUCCCACCUUCGACUGCAGAGACUUCCGCCUCUAGUUCCACUUCGUCAGCUCAACACACAGAUGAGCCUAGUCCAGGCAAGGCCAAGGACUUGCCCUCUCUCAUCAAAAUCUUUGAAGAUCUGGUGGAUGAUGAAUCCAGUUCAAAGAAGUUUUUCGAUCAUUAUUCCAAGCUGUACGAGAAGAAAGGGCAUCCUUCAAUUCCCGAGUUCCUGGCUUCCCUCGUCAACAUCAACGAUCUCGGAACCGUAAUUUCGGACAAUCUGCUGAACUCGGACUUCAUCAAGAAUCCUGCCAAGCUGUACAGUGCGAAUGGAAUUUUCGUUGACUCCGAAAAUGAUUCACCAGUCGACCCUGGCCAGCUCCAACUGCGAUUCAUCGCGGGAUCUACUGUGACGGGUGUGUUCCUCCUGGCUUUGAAAAUGGAAAUUACAUCCACGGUGUCAGAUAUCACUGUCUUGAGUGCAAGGACUUCGAUCUCUGCGAGAAGUGUGAAAAUGAUGGUGUUGCUCAAGGAUCACACAACGAUACACACUCGAUGGUGA